AUGCCAUUGAUCUUUUCUGCUUGGGAUACUUGGCUUUCGGGUUUGCUCUUCACAUUUUGUUUACUGUCGACGACGUCUGCUCAACCGAUAUCUUCUAUCACUGUCACACAGCGGUCCGAAGAUUCGAAUAAAUCGAGUCAAUUACCUAUCCAAAUAGGUGGAAUUGCAGCCAGCUACGUAAUCUUCGAUGCGAUAGUCGUCUUUCUUCUACUCUUUGUAGGAAGACGACUCCGGAGAGCAGCUCACGCCUCCAACUACUCCCUUGAUAUGGUAAUGCUGCAACCUCUCAACAACGAAUUCGCCAACAGCACCGAUCCAAGUCCUAUUUCUGGUUAUUCAGUCGACACCCAAUUCCCAAGUCCAGUCAAACCACGCGGCUGGAAUAUGUCGUGGACAAGUGUGACCAAGGGCCACAAAGCCCAGAGCUCGAUGAAUAGUAGUGUUGCUACUGUUGACGAAGAUGUCGUAACUGCGGACCGACGACGAGCGCAGGAAGAGAUGGAGUUUUUGUAUGCGGCGGUCAUGGAGCAUGAUGCCAAAAAGGCCUCAGCUCAUAACUCGCCUGUGAUGGAGGAUAAGUCUCCAAUAGCUUCACCCAUGGCAUCGCCACGAUUCGCAGAUCCGAACACUGCCAAUCAGUAUCCAUCUUUCCCACUACAGCCUACCGUCCAGGCACCCUUGUCCCCCCGACAAGGAAGCAUAGCAACAAACAAAUCCCGAACAAGCCAACGACUAUCCAGACUCUCCAGUCUAUCCAUUUUCAGUCCCGGCCUACGUUCAUCCUCUAGCUCCAACAAACUCAAAUCACCCCGCUCAGUCCGCGACCUACCCAUCUCACCACCCUUGAAAUCACCUGACCCAGUGGAAACAGCUGCCGUAACAGCUACAGCAGCUACAUUCCAAGACAGCGCACCACCAAUGUCACCACGAAUAUACAACCCCGGUCCUCCACCCACAGCCCCUUUGCCAGGUACCAACACCAUGCAGACGCCCAAGGGAUUCAUGCUUCAACCCAUCACCACACCUAGCAGCAUGCGCUCAAACGCUCCUGCGCCGUUGAGUAUCAACAGCAGUAACUCCACCUUGCCCUUCCGUCAACAGUUCAACCCUCCCAUGAGCGCACCGCCUACGAAGACAACCAUCUUAGAGAGACCGGUCCAUAUCCCCGGCGGACCGCGCACCGGCAUGCCUACACCAUACAGUCCAUACAUGCCAUUCACACCCGUGACGCCAAUGACCCCGAGUCGGCUUGUGACGAAACGGGAUAGGAAACGUCUCGAAAAGUCGAAUGGACUGAAGGUCUUGCAUGAGGAUGAUAUGGUUAAGAGUGAUGAAGAUUUAUGGGGGAUGUAA